ACAUACUUCCAACUUUAAACAUCACUCAUUAUCUUCUUCAAAUAAUUCUUCUACUACCAAUAAUAUGACAUCACCUUUAAUAUUCGAAAAUUCUACUAAUAAGUUUUUAACUGAUAACGAAACAAAUGAAAUAUUAAAUAUAGUUACAAAAAAUAUCACAAAAAUAUUAAAUGAAUAUGAAAAAUCACAUUCAAAUGAUUUAAAAAUACCAGAACAUUUAUGGGAGCUAACAUCAUCUUCAAAAGAUUAUAUAACUCAGGCAACACAAUAUGUAACACCUGAUAAUAUGACACAAUUAAAGCAUACAUUAGAUAAUUUAGAAAGUUAUAAACAAUUUAUGAUAAAUAAAAAAAAUAGUCAAUCACCUAUAAUAGUUAGUGUUACUGAUAUUGAUAAUUUUAAUGAAUUUAUUACAAAUAUUACUAAAAAGGGUUUACAAUUACGAAAUGAACAAAUUAUGACGACUACUACAGAAAUGACAACAGUUAAUAGUAUGGAAGGUAACCGUCCGAACUAUAACAACAAUCCAUUUGAAUCUGAAUCUAAUAAAGAUUCAAUCAUACAAAUAUUUAGUACUUUAACGGAUAAUAAUAAGUUUAAUAAUAAUCAAAGUAAUCAAGAAAUUAAUAAUCAAUUAAAACGUGAAAGUAUUGAUGACUUACUUCUUCUAACAACAACUGAAUCACCUCUAAGGACAACUUCUACAAUAGCAACACCACCAACGCAGCAGACGACGACCAACGAGUAUAAUAAUAAGAUAGAGGAUUUUGAUGAAAUCCUUUUAUAUUACAUCGCAUCAACUUGGAAUAAUAAUAACACUAGUCGAGUUGAUUCAUUUACGAAUGAAAGUCAUAUUGAAGCAGAAUUACCAAAACCAAUGACAUUUAUGAAUGCUGCUCAGAAUAAAACAGUGGAAAGUGGAACAUUUGAUAAUAGUACAGUGUUAUUGGCACGUGAAGUUGAACGAUUAGAAUUGAAAGAGAUUGAAGAUGCUGCCGAAUAUGGAUUACAGCGUAUGCAUUAUUUGUUUGAUGAUAUUGAACCGAAACUUUACAAGAAGGGUUUAUGGUUAGAAAAAGAUAAUCCAGCACAUUUUGUGGCAUCCUUCAACGCUCAACAAGAAAAAGCAAAACAACUAGCAAAGUUUGGUUAUGCAUCUUUAGAAGCAACUACAAAAUUGGCGUUGCAAUUCAAGGAACCAGAAAGCAGAGCUUCAUCAGCUAGUGCUUUCGAAGAAUUAACUGCAUCUCUACGUCAAACUUCAUUCCAUGACCAAUGCCCAUUACGAGGCCCUGUUCAAUGCCCACCAGCAUCACGAAAAUAUCGUACAGCCGAUGGCACCUGUAAUAAUUUACAAGAACCACGCCGCGGUUCAGCAUUAUUGCCAAUGCAACGAUUCAUUUCACCGCAAUAUCAAGAUGGUAUUCAAAGUGUUAGAAGAUCCAUUGUUUUCAAUCGACCUCUACCAUCAGCCAGAGAAAUUAGUAUAACUGUGCAUACUGAUCGAAAUAUUGAACUAACUGCUAUCACGCAUAUGUUAAUGCAGUGGGGACAAUUUAUCGAUCAUGAUGUAACACAAUCAGCACAAUCCAGAGGCUUUAAUGGUUCCGUUCCAAGAUGCUGUUUAAAUGGCGGGCAGGAUUUUCAACCGUUUGAAAAUAUGCAUCCGGAUUGUUUACCUAUUGCUGUCCCACCGUUUGAUCCGUUUCUCAGUGAACUUGGAAUACGAUGCAUGGAAUUCAUUCGAAGUGCACCGGCCUCCAGAUUCGAUUGUUCAUUAGGAUGGCGUGAGCAAAUCAAUCAAGUAACUGCUUAUAUAGAUGGUUCAAACAUUUAUGGCAGUUCUGUUGGUCAAGCUGAUUCGUUACGUACUUUUCAUGAUGGACUACUGGCUUAUGCAUUCACUAAUCCAACAUCAACCGAUGAUGAGGCCGAACGAUGUCAUCAUGGUGCAAACAGUUUUCGAUGUUUUCAAUCUGGAGAUGGUCGUAUUUCGGAACAACCUGGUUUGACUGCUAUGGGUAUUGUUUGGGUACGUCAACAUAAUUUAAUAGCAACAAAAUUAUCACGUGAAAAUCGGCAUUGGAGUGAUGAGAAAUUAUAUCAGGAAACUCGUAAAAUAAUAACUGCUAUGAUACAACACAUCACAUAUCGAGAAUUCUUGCCAAUUAUUUUAGGGCCAGAAGUGAUGAAUCUGUUCGGUCUGCAAUUAUUAAAAACAGGAUAUUAUGAAAAAUACAAUAGUAAAGUCAAACCAGAAAUUGCUAAUUCUUUUGCUGCAGCCGCAUACCGUUUUGGCCAUAGUAUCGUUCAACAUAGUUUUAUUCGUGCAGAUCGAAAUCAUCGUUUAUUAACUAACAAUGUUACGUUGCAUGAAGAGCCAAACAAUGUUGAGAAUAUUUGGAAACCAAGAUCUGUUGAUCGCAUCCUUUUAGGAAUGUGCAAUCAGCCAUCACAAAAACGAGAUGAGUUUAUUAGUGUUGAAUUAACUAAUCGCCUAUUCCAAACUUCACGUUUUUCAUUUGGCAUGGAUUUGGCUGCAAUUAAUAUUCAACGGGGGCGUGAUCAUGGAUUACCCACUUAUACAUCUUGGCGUGGACCUUGUGGACUAUCCCCUGUUACCUCAUGGUUUGACCUACAAAAAAUUAUGUCCUUGGAAACAGUAAAUAAAUUAGAAAAUCUUUAUGACCAUUUUGAUGAUAUUGACUUGUUUACUGGUGGUUUAGCAGAAAAACCGGUUAGAGGUGGAUUAGUUGGACCAACAUUUGCAUGUAUUAUUGCACAACAAUUUUCAAACUUACGUCAAGGUGAUCGGUUUUGGUAUGAAAAUGGCAACUUUGAGUCUUCUUUUACUCUUGAACAAUUACAACAAAUACGUAAAAUUACUCUGUCGCAAGUGAUAUGUAGUUCUAUGCCAGAUAUUGACACAAUACAACCUUUUGUGUUUUUAACGGCUGAUAAUUUACGAAAUGAACGUGUGUCUUGUUUAGAUCCAAUUUUAAACAGUUUUGACUUAGCACCAUGGGUUGAAGAGACAAAUGACUUUACUAAUGAUGUACCUGAAAAUUUACGAAACCAUUUAAACAUGACGAUAAAAAAUAUGACGACUUUACAUGAUGAUAUUAACAAAACUGAUUUAAACAUAUUAAGGGAAAACAUCGACGACGAAAAUAACGUGACAAAAACUGAAAUGACAUUACAUGACACGACGAAAACAGACAAUGUAUCAGACGCAUUAAAUUUAUUAUUACUUUCAAGAAAUUCGUUAUUCCCUGGAGAACUUUAUAAAAUCGAAGAAGCACAAUUAGCACUAAAAUCCAAACGAAAUAAUAAACAUUAUCGAAAUUUUACUACAAUUAACUACGACAUACCGAUACAAUUGACAACGGCAGCGACCAAAAGACCAUUAAGUAAAUUUAAAUCAAAUCAUGGUGAUGGUAGCGAAGAUUGGUACGAUGAAUUUCCUAAACCAUCAAAUUUACCAUACAAACAGGAAAAAUAUCAGUAUUCAACAACAACACAUUCGUAUGGCUUACAAACUUUUCAAUCUGUGGUACCAGCAAAUCCAACAAAAUGGUCUAGGUAUACGACUACAACAAGAGUGCCACCAUCAAGUUCAAAUCCAGAUUUAGAUGAAUUAGACUUAUAUUACGAUCUUAAACCAAAACGACCUAAACCUAGUGACCUUACGUAUCUAAUUGGUGUUGUUGACGAUAAGACGACAAAUAACAUUAAGAAAAAUGAUUAUGUACAACCAUCAUACGAUGACGACAGCUACGAGAAAAUUCACCACCAUAACAGACCAAAACCUCAUCAUCACCAUAACAGACCUAAUCAAUACACGACAACGGUACGACCUUAUACACUAUUAACUACUACAAGACGAUACACCAUACGACCUCAAAAUACUUACUUAUCAGACAAUUACUACCCAUUAACGACUGAAACAGUAUACGGACCAACAAAACCUAGACCCAUACCUACACAAAGACCACCACUAAACGUUUAUAAUGACAAUGACUAUAAUUACAAUCGACCGAUUACUCAAAGACCUUUACCACCACAAAACGGUUACAAUGACAAUGACUACAGUUACAAUCGACCAAUUACCCAAAGACCUUUACCGCCACAAAACGGUUACAAUGACGAUGAAUAUAAUUACAAUCGACCUAUUACCCAAAGACCCUUACAAAACGGUUACAAUGACAACAAUUACAAUUACAAUCGACCAAUUACACAAAGACCUGACAAUAAUGGUUAUUAUGCGAAUAAACCUGACACGGGAUACAAUAAUCGACCUUCGAAUUCAGAUGGAUAUUAUAGUACAUCAAAUAACCGACCAAUAAUUGUUCGGCCUGAAGAUGAUUACUUUUCAGAGAUAUCAACAGAAAAUAAUUUUAUAAAUGUAAAUGUUAAUCGACCUUAUCGACCUACAGCUGUAAGACCACAAGACGAUGACUACCAACCUGUUCGACCUACUUCUAGACCAAUAAUAAUACAAAACAGACCUACUAACGGAUAUAACGGACCUUCGACGAAUAAUAAUGACUUUUAUGGGACUUCGAACUCACGACCAAUGAAUGACAAUAACUUUUAUGGAAAUUCAAAUAACCGACCCAAUAGGCCUGGAUUUAUUGACUUAAGUAACCGACCUAUGACUGACAGACCUCACGUUGACGACGAACAGUUCAGUUUCGUAUACGGACAAGUAAGUAAUCCAAAUUACGGAAGACCAACCCGACCUACAAAUCAAUAUGACUAUAACAAUGAUCCAAACUUUUACGGGGACAGACAGACCGACGAUAAACCACGACCUAUAAUUAAUAAUAAUGAACAACCUGUGAAAUUAUUUUACAUUGGUAAUGUUUUACAUAAAGUUAGAGAUGGCGACAAACCUAGCGAGACCGAACAAAAUCGUAAAAUAAAUGAUAAACAAACCACGUUUGUUAAAAUAUCUUCUGUUUCUGGUCAUUAUAAUGACAAAGUUACCACAAAAAAUGCUUAUUUAAACAUAAAAAAUAAUUAUCAAAAAGAAAAUUUGGAUGACGAUGAUUUAGAAAUUGAUGAAAGUUUACAUCUUUACGAGGCACUUCAAGAAACUUUAGAGAAAAAAGAAUUAGAUAAUUCCAAUAAAACCAUAAACAAUCAACAAGAUAAAUCCGGAACCACUACAGAAAAUUUAAAAGACAGAAGUAAUAACGUUACAAAAUUAAUGACUUAUAAAAUGCUUCUUUCAAAUGAAACAACUCAACCUCAAACUUUAAGAAUUUAAUCAACUUUAAGCUGAUUACUUAGUGCGUUAUUUAUUUAUUAUUUAUUUGUGUUUUUUUUUCUUGUUAUAUUUAUUCUAUAAAUUAUUUUGUCUGACUGUGAUCAACUUUUGAAAUGACUGAUUUUUUUGAAAUUAAAUAAAAACUAUUUUUUGACAUUUUUGACUUAAUAUUUGGCAUGACAUUCCUACUUUACCAUAUUUGACUUCUACUGACAAAAACCAAAAUAAAUCGAUAUUUGAAAAACAUUCCAUACGUUGACAAAUUAUUGACUAGUAAAUUCUUCUUCUAAAUUUUUGAAUUAUAUAACUGACCCCAAUACUAUACAAACCUUGUACUAUAAAUUUUAAAUUAAACUAAACGUAUAAACCUGUAUUUUAAAAAAAAAUUAAUUCCAAAACUAUGAUUGACAAAAGCUUAACAUGCUUUAAGAGUUGUUUUGGUGUGGGAAUGUGAAUUUGGGUAAUAUUUAUUCUAAUUUUAAAAAAUCUACUUAAAAAAUACAUGAGGGAAAAUUUAACAGCAAUAUUAGGAAUUUUAGAAUUUUAUGAAAAAUACGUUAUUUUCAAUCAUGGUUUAAUUUCAUUAUUGUCAAUAUUUGAUUUAGAAAGUGUUUACACCUUCGAUGUGGAGGGAUUC